AUGUAUGGAGAGGCAGAGAAUUUAUAUAUCCGCUUCAUAGCUUGGUCGGAAGGCAUAAAUGAGAAAAGCGCACUGAACCUCCAUCAUCUUCCAAGCGAUGAUUUAAAUCUCCCAUCUAUUAUGGCUCCCGUAUCAAAGCUAGGAAAACUCACAGUGGACGACUUAUUGCGGCAUCAAGAAGAACCUAUGAGAAAGAAAAGAAGACUUGCUGAACCCGAGGAAGAGAGGUCUUUAGAUUCAAACUCGGGUCCCGACUCUGGUGCUUCAGAUCGCGACACCGACAAGCCCGUAACAGGAGACCGUCUGGAUACAGAUGAUGAUGAUGACGUGGAAGAAGAGGACGAGGACGAACUCUCGUCAAGUAUCAAGGAUGGUUCAUUGGAUGUCGAAGACCGCUUUGCAUUCAAAUCACGGGCAUCCCAGCCUUCAAAACGCGAUACAACUCAAUGUUCUCAAAUACCAUCCUCGUUCACCUCUCUCGGGAUCUCUCCGCCGCUACAGGCCGCGCUCAAGAGCAUGUCAAUAAAAUUACCUACGGAAGUCCAGGCGGCAUGCAUACCACCGCUUCUGGCAGGUAGGGAUUGCAUAGGCAACGCAAAAACGGGCUCAGGGAAAACAAUCGCGUUCGCACUCCCAAUUCUCCAGAAACUCUCUGUUGAUCCAUAUGGUAUUUUUGCUCUGGUUUUAACGCCUACGAGAGAACUCGCGUUCCAGAUAUCGGAACAAUUUGCCGUCCUUGGUGCGGCGUUGAACAUAAGAACGGCUGUGGUGGUAGGAGGCAUGGAUAUGAUGGCUCAGGCUCUGGAGCUUGGCAAUCGCCCCCAUGUUGUUAUUGCAACUCCAGGACGAAUAGUGGACCAUCUACGGAGCACAAGCGGAGAGUGGGACUUUUCAAGAGUUAAAUUCCUCGUCCUCGACGAAGCUGAUAGGCUUCUAACCCCCACGUUUUCUCAGGAGCUUGGCUAUCUGUUUAACGCUCUGCCAAGAGACAGACAAACCUGUCUGUUCACUGCAACCCUGACGCCUUCGAUAGAAACCUUGGCGGAAGCGCCUCCCCGGCCAGGGAAACAGAUGCCAUUUAUUCGCCGGAUGAAGGAAACCGUUGAGACAGUAUCAACCCUAAAGCAACAUUUCAUCCUAGUCCCCUCGCACGUUCGAGAACCGUAUCUCUACCAUUUGUUGUGCAAUCCACCAGAAUCAACCGUGCACCUUCGCCGAGCUCCUCCAGAACCUGUGAAAGCAAGAAAAAAAUCGAAGUCGAAUCCUAAGACGAAGAAGGCCAAAACAGAUCAUGCAGAAGACGAGCCCGAGCAACCUCCGCCCACAAUUAUCUUCUGCGCUAAACCACGAACAGCCGCAUAUUUAACUGCCCUCCUCAAGACUCUGUCGAUCCGGAGCACGGCCCUACAUUCUCGCCUUACUCAGCGAGAACGAUUGUCUUCGUUGUCCUUGUUUCGCGCAUAUGUCGUGCCAGUCCUCAUUUCCACCGACGUUGGGGCGCGCGGUCUGGAUAUCGAAGACGUCGCCAUGGUCAUCAACUGGGAUCUUCCGAAUGAGCCAGAAGAGUAUACUCAUCGUGUUGGAAGAACGGCUCGUGCUGGGAAAGGCGGCGUUGCUGUUAGCUUUGUGACGGAGAAAGACGAAGAACGUGUUCUCAAGAUUGAAGAUCGAAUUAAAACGAAGUUGGAAGAGAUGAGUCUACCGGAGGAUAAAGUCCUUGAGAAAUUAAAUGCGGUGUCAACGGCGAAGAGGUUGGCUAACAUGGAGCUCCAUGACUCCAAUUUUGGCAGACGAGAAGAAAUCCACAAGAUCAAAAACGCCAAACGUAGAAGGCCUGAAGAGGUUGCGGGAGUCUAG